GAAAAGAGAAAGAAUCAAAGAAUUUCUACUAUGAAAAUCUCUCUCUCCUCUUUCUUCUUCUUCUACAUGUGAAUAUCUGAGCGUCAAGUGCAUGUGCUCGCUAUUGGAUCUCAAAUCAUCGUUUAUACAGCUUUUACUUCUCUAUCUCGUAGCUGUCACGAAACAUUCUCUUUCACUUCUCUCUCUCUGCUAAAAUAAAUCAGAAACAUAUCAACAUUCUUGAACAGAGCCAUUAGUUCUUCAACUCUCCUGCUGAAUCUUAAAUUUACUCAUCUUCUGUGUUUGUUUGUUGGAUCUUUAAAUGGAUCCAAGAACAAGACUUGACUACGCUCUGUUUCAACUCACUCCCACCAGGACAAGAUGCGAGCUUGUGAUUUUCUCCGGUGGCGAGAACGAGAAGCUUGCUUCCGGAAUUUUUCAACCGUUCGUCACGCAUCUCAAAAGCGUUAGAGAUCAGAUUUCUAAAGGCGGAUACUCCGUCACUCUCCGUCCUUCCUCCGGCGCCGGCGUCAAUUGGUUUACCAAAGUGACGCUUCAGAGAUUUGUGCGAUUCGUGACCACUCCGGAGGUUCUUGAGAGGUCCGUGACAUUAGAGAAGGAGAUUGAGCAGAUCGAGGAUUCGAUUCAGUCUAAUGCAGCCGCCAUUUCCGGCGAAGCAGAAGGAAACGAGCUGGGUACUACUCAGAAGUCUACGGCUUUAUCAAAGGCACAAGGUGAAUCUGAUGGCCAAGAAAAUUCUAAGGUUGGUCUUCAGCGUGUUCUUGAAACCCGCAAAGCGGCUUUGUGCAAAGAGCAAGCCAUGGCUUACGCUAGAGCUUUGGUUGUUGGGUUUGAAUUGGACUACAUGGACGAUCUCUUGUCCUUCGCAGAUGCUUUUGGAGCUUUGCGUUUAAGGGAAGCAUGUGUUAACUUUGUGGACUUGUGCAAGAGAAAGAACGAAGAUAGGAUGUGGGUGGACCAAAUCACGGCAAUGCAAGCCUUUCCCAGGCCUGAGCUAUCCUUCAUGGGUGACUCUGGGAUCAUACUCGCUGGGGAAGAGAAUGAUAUCGUCAAACAAGGGAACAACAUGGACGCAAUGAGCCAGGGUAGCUUUGAGACUAGCCAAGGUCCUCCUCAGAUGUCAAUCCCCUGGCCAAACCAUUAUCCUCCUCAGUACAUGCAAGGACAUGGCUAUCCUCCUUAUAUGUAUCCCGGCCCGCCACAGUACUUCCCUCAGUGGCCUGUCAACAUGGGAGGAGAUGUGGAGUCAAGUGAGAAGACUUCCAAGAAGAAAAAGAAGAAGAAGAAAAACAAGAAGAAGAAGUAUGAAUCUUCCGAGGAGCAAAGCGAUGAGUCCAGCGCCGAGACUGUAUCAGAGGAGGGGAAUGAAGGGAAGAAAUCAUCUAGAAAAGUUGUUAUACGCAACAUAAACUACAUAACUUCAAAGAGAAACGGAGCCAAGGAUAGCGAUUCUGAUGAGUCUGUAGACGAAGAAGAAGAAGGCUUUGUGGAUGGAGACUCCAUCAAGCAGCAAGUGGAGGAAGCUAUUGGCUCGCUGGAGAAACGGCAUAAAUCGACUUCACGCCGUAGCAGGAGGAAGCACAAAAGUCAUAGUGAAGAUGAGGAGGACUCAGGUAGUAAAGAAACUAAAGGGAAUGAUAACUGGGAUGCCUUCCAAAACCUUCUUUUAAAAGACAAAGAUUCAGACCAGGAAACAGCUUCGUGUCCGUUGAACAUGGAGUCAGAAGCUGUGAGCAAGAGAGAGCUGCCUUCGGAUGAUUCUUUCUUGGUUGCAAAUGGGAAUGAGGAUUGGGGGAGGGAGAGCAGUAUUAAGAAACUUGAUGCCGGUGAGAAUGUUAGGCUGAUGAGAAGAGAGAACAACUAUGACGAUGAUAUGAUGAUAAAUCCUGGUAGAGGAGAUGAAUCAAGAAGCUACUCACAGGCAGAGAUGUCUGUUUAUAGUGGGAAGCUCCGAGCUAGAAAUGAGACGGAGGAAGACUGGUUCAUACGUAACCAAGCAGACACUGAAAGAGAUGUCAAAACCUUUGUAGGAGACGAUUUGCAUGUAACAAAGAGAAGUGAGAGAGAUGUCCUGACUGAUGACUCGUUCAUGAUCCAUUCUCGUGUUGAGAGCCAAGUGGAAGAGUCUCGGUUAAGGACAGAGAUCAUGGACUCUGACGUUUAUGGAACCACCAAACAAGAAAACUCCUCUGCACCGGAGGAGAUUAACAACAGACAAGAGCCGGAUGAUCUUUUCAUGGUUCUUGGACGUGAACAAGAUGUUACACCUGCGAUGGUGUCGUGGACCCCUGAGAUUGACUUCGAGGCUAACGCUUUGGCUGAAGAGAAACGCAAAAACGAUUUGGAAACUGCUGCAAAGGCCUCUGAACAGACUUCAGAUGUUAAAGAAAAGAAACUUCGUGUCGUUAGAAAGGAUGCAAAGACAAGAGGAGCAAGUAGACCUGACCCUGCUUUGAAAGCUAAGAGAGCUCCCUGGGGAAGUAGAGCAGCUGCCACCAAAACCAAAUCCGAGCUGGAGGAAGAGAGGAAGAAGAGAAUGGAAGAACUUUUGAUUCAGAGGCAAAAGAGAAUCGCUGCGAAGAGUUCUGGCAGUAAUGUAUCAAGUCCCUUGGCCUCCAAGAAAACUCCUACUGGAACCAAAACCGUGAAGACCUCGAAUGAGAAGACACCAGCAGAAGCCGUCAAGGCUAAGCCGGUACUGAGAAGUUCCACCAUUGAGCGCCUUGCUGUUGCCAGGACAGCACCAAAGGAGCCACAACAAAAACCAUUAACCAAAAGAACAUCAAAACCUCUAGGAAACAAGACAGAGAAACCUCAAGACAAGAAACCUAGUAGAAAAAGUCCGGGACUUUCUCGUGACCCGAGUUUCGAAAUCAAGGAAACAGUGGAGGAAGAAUCACAGUCUUACUUGCCGGUGAUGCUCGUUGAUGAACUUCCUCCUGCUGCUUCUUCUGUUGAUGACUUCAAAGACAUUAAAGAGAUGCAUAGCUUGCCGAAUGAAACAAUCACCAAUCAUCAGAAAGUAGAAGAUCAGACGAAGAUUGAUGAUGAGGAGAUAGUGAAGAAGACAUCCGUCUGCGAAGACAAGCAAGUCACUAACAACCUUUGUUCGGAGGAUGUUGAAGAAGUUAAGGCUUCACCGCCAAAACCACUGUCUCCAAAGAAGUCGGUGACGUUUUCAGAGACAAACAUGGAGGAGAAGUAUUUCUUCUCACCAACGGUGUCGGAGACUGACGUCUCGACGCCUCCGGCUACUGAACAAGAUCACUCGAGGAAGAAAUGGAACAGUGAAGAGACGUCUCCGAAGGCUACGGCCAAAGGCUUCAGAAAGCUUCUCAUGUUUGGAAGGAAAAAAUGAAAGAUUCUAUAGUUACUACAACGACGUCGUGUUGAGUUGCCGGGUUUAAUACUUUUUAUCUUUUAUUCUUUAAAUUGUUUGUUGUGUGAUAUUAAAUUCUGCUGCGGUGUUUAUCAAUUUGAUUUGGCUGUUUAUAUAUUAUUGUUGAUGUGUUGUUUACAACAUUUGAGUGAAUACAUAUCGGUUCGGUGAGUUUGAAUAAAGUAAGGUUAUUUGGA